CUGCCAAACGCGUUUGCUUGGACUACUGGAUAAGCGCCAGCUGUGGGUGCAGUUUGCCAGUGUCGGUAUGAAAUACGUGAAGUUUUGGGUGACUGAUGGGAAAGAGGGGACCGAAUCGAAGGCUUUUUUUUAAAGUGUCACGGCCCAUCCGAGACAUAUAGCGCGUGAUGGUUAUGUAUACGAAGAGCCCCGGGGUCCGCUUGCCGCCCGAACUCACGUGCGCCCCCUGGAGGCGGGUGACCAUGCCGUGCCCGAACUAGGAAGAGGAAACCGACGCAUAGAGGAGGAUACCUGCUUCCAUGUCAGCUUUGUGGACGUAUUUACCGACGAAAUAAAGCUAUCCGGCAGAUCGAAGGCAGAAUACACACUGCGGACAAGAGCGACGUCUGAGUAAACCCUAAAGCUUUUCUUAGGCGGACAUGGCAGACGGGGGGGAUUUAGACGGAGACGACGAUCCGCCUAAUAUCGGCAAUCCAGUGGUGACGGUUUCGGAUCUGUCCGGCACCUCGCCCGCAGGCCGUAAUUUGAAGGAGUGGCUGCAGGAGCAGUACUGUGACAAGCCGCUGGAGCAGUGUGAUGACAUGCGGCUGCACAACGCUGCCUAUGUGGGCGACCUGGACACGCUGCACAGCCUGCUGCAGGAGAACAGCUUUAAACGGCGCAUCAAUGAGAAGUCAGUUUGGUGCUGCGGCUGGCUCCCAUGCACCCCACUGCGCAUCGCUGCCACGGCAGGUCACAGCGACUGCGUGGCCUUCCUCAUCAGCCAGGGUGCUGAGGUGGACCUGGUUGACGUCAAGGGCCAGACUGCACUCUACGUGGCCGUAGUCAAUGGGCACCUGGACUGUGUGCGAAUCUUGCUGGAGGCAGGCGCGGACCCCAACGGCAGCCGGCACCACCGCAGCACGCCUGUUUACCACGCGUCACGGGUGGGCAGGGUGGACAUCCUCAAGGAGCUCAUCAGGUUUGAUGCAGACGUGGACGUGGACCACCAGCUGGGGCCGCGGCCCCUGUUCAGUGCGCGCACGCUGUCCUCGCUGGUGGUGUGCCCCCUGUACAUCAGCGCCACCUAUCAUCACCUGGGCUGCUUCCGUGUGCUGCUGCAGGCUGGUGCCGACCCCGACUACAACUACACAGGCCCGGUGUGCCGCGAGGCACUGCAGCGGGGCCUCGCUGCCUGCCUGCUGGACGCUGUGCUGCGACACGGUUGUGAGCCUGCCUUCGUUGAGCUGCUGUUGGAGCACGGCGCCAACCCCAACCUGGUGCCCUGGGACGAACAUCCUAACUUGGAACCUGUGGGGCGCGUCAGGCUCAGGGUGGAGCCUGAGGCAUUACGGCUUUACCAGGAGGCUCGCAGGAUCCCUCAGAGGCUGACCCAUCUCUGCCGCAUAUGUGUCCGCCAGGCACUCGGAAAAUGUCACCUGGGGGCCAUCCCGUCCCUCCCCCUGCCUGAUGCUAUCAAGCUCUUCCUGCUGCACGAGGAUCGCUGACCUCUGACUAUGGAGCGUGGAGGGGGGUGUUCUCUUUCAGGGGAGCCCCCCUGUUUUUCCACUCCCCCCCCCCCCUAGCCUUAUGGCUGUGAAGUUUGGCUUAAAGCACAGAAAUGGGUGGGACUUACCUUUGAAAAACGCACUUCCACACCUCCUAUGGACGGCAUGGGGGCUGCUGCACUGGGGACUGGACUGAGAGCAAAUGCAGUGGGGGCUUUGCCCCAUCACGACUUCCCAAUUGCAGAGAUGCCACCAUUUACGGGGCAUCAAGGGUGCUGUGCCCAUGCAGACUGUCAGACAUGCCAUCCAGUAGUGUGUUAGUGUCACUCGGGGCCUCGUGGCCAUCACUGGACUGGUGUGCCUGUCUGUCUUUUGGGGUUCUUGUGCUUUCUAAGCCCUAUCCCUUUGCUGUUGGUCACUGUACAGUGUUCAUGUAUGGUCUUUUUGUGGUGCCUUUUUACCUUGUGGACGUGGCUUAUUGGCAUCAGUCUGAGUCUUGACAAUCUCACCGCCUGCGUCUGUGUGAAGGUAAUAAACUUUCCCCUCCCUGGUCAUGCUGUGGUUCCAACCCAGCAUCAGAAAAUGUCAACCGGUGGGUGAGGCCUUGGUCAGGUGACCGCAUACCUGUCUGACUCUGUACCUUGCCUGUUGUUGUUUCUGCACAGCCCAACAUCCUUGGGAAAUAGGCAGCCAUAAAUAACAGAAAAGUCCAGAUUCCCAUGUAACUCAUAGUCAGCAUCUGUCCCUGGAUGAGGCUCUAUCUGUCAGCAUUAAAAACUUGUUUUCCUGCUUGUUGUCACACAGAAACCACAAAAAGCAGAGAGAGUUGGCAGUGUGGGAAUCUCCACAGACUACUGGUUUGUGGGGGUUGAUCCCGGCCCCAAACACUGGGCUCCUCCUCAUGGCUUCAUUUCCACUUCCUUGCAGCUGGGUGGAGUUCUUUGUCCCCUGUCCUGAAGGGUAGGUGUCAUGCAGUCAUGGUCGGGUAAUGGGAGGACAGGAUUUUCCGCAAUUUCUUCAUGUUUUUCAUUAAGUUAAUUUGGCCUCUGAUAUGCUGUUAGUUCACCAGUUCAGUCACAUAAUGAGGUAGCACCUGAUAUUAGUGGCUUUCUGCUUUUUCUUUUGUUUAGUCUCUAUCCUUGACAUGCACAUGGACUAGCAGGAAUUUCCAGAAUGUUUGUUUAAAAACAUUUUUCUUAUCAAUUUAAAUAGUGCAGAAACACUGCCUCUGAUUGCACACAAUAGCCAUGGAAACACAUCAAGUAUGUAUCUUUCAAAGGAAACUUAAUUUGACUUAUUUCUGUAAAUCACAUAAGCGUGAGAAGUGCAUUGUUUAGAGCCAGUGAGCGCCCUGGAGUGUCAAGAGCAUCUUCGGCAUGACAGAUUUAUGUUUCAGUGAAUUUUCUGUCUCAGCAGGAAUUUCUGAAACUUUGUGCUAAAAGUGUGUUAUAUGAAUAUAGAUUUUUACAGAUGGAUGUGGAAAUAGUAUUCUGAAAACUCAGUGAUGCAACAUUAACAUGGACGUGUGAUCUGAAUCAGUCUUGGUGUGACAUAGGCUUAUGAGAAAAACCCUUAUGAGAUUAUGAGUUUUUACAUGUUGGAUAAAAAGUCAGAUAUACAGUUAAUAUGUAUACAUUGUUGUGUGUUUAUAAUUCACAUUGUGAGAAUUUCUUAGAAAUCAUUGUAAAAUGUGGGUCAAAGUAAAAUUAUGUAUUGGAACAAAGA